ACAUGGUGGCGUUUCCCCUUUUCAAACAUAAAGUAACCCAAACACCCUUUACAAUAGUGGAGUACUACAUGAUGAUAGACAAAACAAAAACAAAAAACAAUCUAAUUUGUAGUCUGUCCACUGGGACAGACUACAUUGCGGUGUUCACGAGUGUCAGGAAGACGUUUCUGUACCUUCUGUUUGGUGUAUCAAGAAAUACAUUGUAGAACAUGGGUGCAGGAGCGAGCAACACGAAGGGUCUCAUACAGCAAGUCAAGAAGGGACCUCACAGACUGAAGCACCACCUGGAAAACCCUGCUGUCGUCCGUACAAACGUCGGAGUUCCCGUCGUGGCGCUUCUGAACCAAGAAACCAUCCAGUAUAUCUUUAACACGGAUUUAGUGGACAAGGAGAGGUACUAUUUAGGAUACGUCGGCGUACGCGAAGAGCUAACCCAGGGAUACUGCCCGUCCAUGUUCGUCAACGGCGAAGAACAUCGUCGGAAGAAAGCGUUCUUGAUCGACGUCUUGCAGCGAUCUCGGGAGACGCUUCCGUCCGUUCUCAAUGCACACAUCCUGUCGCACUUCGAAGAGUGGUCACGAGCCAGAGUGGUCACGGACUUUGAAGACAGAGUCUUUUUGGUCAGUGAUGUGAUGACAGAGUCGGUAUUUGGGAGUAAAGUGGACGGCCGCCUGGCCCUGAAUUGGUUACAAGGACUGAUGAAGAUCAGGACGAGGAUACCGAUGCCCUCUAUAGCUAGAGCAAAGCAGCACACACUCGCCUCGGCAGCCCUCCCAGUUCUUCUGAAAACCAUCCAGGAAUCACCAAAAUACCAAGAGUUGAUCGGACUGUGUCACGCCCACGGCAUCGAGGAAGAAGAAGACGGCAUCGUCAGUGUCAUUUUUGCUGUCAUUUUCAACGCAGUGGCGGCAUUGUCGAGCGUCAUUGUCACCUUCAUCGCUCGUUUGAAUACAAGGAGUGUCACGGAAGCCGAGAAAAACAACCUCCUUCGAGCGACGCUAGAAGUUCUUAAGAAACACGGUGGCAUCACGGAAGAAAGUCUCGACGACAUGAAGCUUCUAGAAAGUUUUCUACUAGAGGUUUUGCGCCUACACCCACCUGUCUUCGACUUUUUCGGAGUGGCAAAACAGGACUUCGUGAUUUCGACGAGAAAAGAAAAGGUUGAGGUCCGCAAGGGAGAGCAGCUGCUCGGUAGUUGCUUCUGGGCGCAGCGUGACGUGUCCGUGUUCCUCCGGCCAGGACUUUUCCGGUGUAAUCGCUUUCUGGAUGAAGAAGGGGGUGGGGACAAGAGAAAACAUCUUGUCUUUCCACAUGGAAGUCUUACGGAGCCUCCUGACUUGGACAGCCACCAAUGUCCUGGACAGGGCAUCGCUUUCUUCUUGAUGAAAGCGACCCUAGCGGUUCUGCUGAGCUACUGCAGCUGGGAGUUGAAGUCCAUCCCGGUGUGGUCAGACAAAACGGCCCGAUUGGGGAAACCGGACGACCUGGUCUCUCUUACGCGGUUUGAGUUUAACUCGAACAAGGCCAGACGUGUGAUGGGGCCAUAGAGCGUUUU